GGAAAUUUUGGCGGGUAGUUUCAAGCCGAGCUUCUGCGACCUUGCACGUCACCGCCGUUUGUCUAGAGCUCCUCCACCAUGACCACUACCUCGUCGACCUCCUACUUCGAGAGAAUACAAGAUUUCGUCGCCGAAAACAAGAAGGCCGUCGUUAUCGGAACUGCUGCUGCAGCGCUCGCUGUUGGAGGUGUUGUUUAUUAUGCUUCCACUUCGCGCGGUCUAGGCGGUGACGAGGAGAAGGGCAAGACAAGAGACAAAAAGAAGCCUUCAAAAAAACGGAAGACUGUCAACGAUGCAAACGGGCCUAUACUUGAAGAGAUAAAGCCCAAAGUCGUCGAGCAAGAAGAGGAUGCGCCAUUAUCAGCGGAAGAGAUUGCAGGGAUGUCAGUGGAGGAGCGCACAAAAUUGGCAGGCACGCUCAAGACACGGGGCAACACGCUAUACCAAAACCGAAAAUUCCAGCAAGCAGUGGACAUGUAUACGCGUGCAAUUCAGGUGGCAACGAAACCAGAGCCUGUGUACUACAGCAACCGUGCGGCAUGUUACAUGAACAUGACGCCUCCUAAGUAUGAGCUGGUGGUCCAGGACUGUGACGAGGCGCUGCGUGCUGACGCCAACUACGUGAAAGCGCUGAACAGGCGUGCCAACGCUCUUGAAGCCUUGUCCAGAAACGAGGAGGCUCUGCGGGAUUUUACUGCUGCCACUAUCUUGGAGAAAUUCCAAAAUGAGACAGCAGCACAGGCCGUGGAACGCGUCCUGAAGAAGAUCGCGACGGAAAAAGCUGCUGGUGUCCUUGCGACACGCGAACCUCGACUUCCCUCAUUCACGUUUAUCUCAGCUUACUUUGCGGCAUUCCGUAUCCGACCUCUACCCGCACUCCCGGAGAACCCAUCAACCGGUGAUAACACUCUUAUUCUCGCAUUACGAGCUCUAGAAGCUGCCGACUAUGCGCACUCUGUUUCUCUCGUGAACGAGGCAAUGGAGCAAGGCAUUUCAUGGGAGACAGGCAAAGCUGAGGCUCUCAACCUUCGCGGCACUUUCAAGUUCCUUAUGGGUGAUGUGUCUGGCGCUAAAGAUGACCUGUAUGAAUCCGUCAAGCUCUUCCCCUCCCUGACGCAGAGUUGGGUGAAGAUCGCGAGCGUGCACAUGGAGCAAGGCGAGGGUGCAAAGGCUUUCGAGUGCUUCGAGCAAGCGAUCAAGCACAAUCCCCAGGACCCCGACAUCUAUUACCACCGCGGACAAGUUCUCUUCAUCACCAACGAAUUCAAGGAGGCUGCAGAGAACUACACCAAGUCCAGCGAACUCGAUGACACAUUCGUAUUCUCACACAUCCAGCUUGCCGUCGCCCAGUACAAGAUGGGUGAACUUGCGCGGAGUAUGGCAACUUUCCGACGGACGAUGACCAAUUUCCCUCAACGAAGCGAGCCCCAGAACUACUAUGGCGAGCUAUUGCUGGAUCAACAGCGUUUCCAGGACGCCGUUGAUAAGUUUGAUCGUGCUGUGGAGCUUGAGCGUGCCAAGCCUCCCCCGGUGAAUGUUCUCCCUCUUGUUAACAAGGGCCUUGCCAUCUACCAAUGGAAGCAAGACAUUGAUGCUGCAGAGCGGUGCUGCGAUGAGGCGUUGCGGAUUGAUCCCGAAUGCGAGCCUGCAGUUGCUACGCUUGCGCAGCUGUCAUUGCAACAAGGCAAGAUUGACCGCGCCAUUGAGAUGUUCAAGAGGCAAGCGGAGCUGGCACGCAGUGAACCCGAGCUGGUCAACGCCCUUACAUACCAAUAUGCAAGCAUGUCACAGUUGGAGUUCACACAAAACUACCCCGCGAUGGCAGAGCAGUUGGCGCAGAUCGCGAGGUCGAUGGCGAUGUGAAGGUGAUACGGAUGCGACUGCGGUGUUUACUUCUACCCCCUCUCCUCAUUUAUCGCUGUCCAAUUUCAAAACAAAUCAGACUAACGGAAGAAAAGGGUUCGUGGGGUUGCGCGGAACCCUUAUUGGACAUCGACGGACGAGUUAGAUUUCGCGAGUUAUCGACUUUUAAUGCUUUCACACAUCUUGCUCUUUAUCUUCUAAGGCAUAUCAUUUGCAAUACCACGCUCACUCCA